AUGAUUUGGAAAGAGCGACAGAACCUUCGCGGCACGAACGAGACAAGGCACGAAACAGGGGCAUGGAGGAGAGGUCGACAGCGGCAGCGGCAGCGCCAUCGCCAGGACCAUCAUUUCAGGCUGUCGAGAUGGGAGGAAUCCAGCAAGAAGUCGAAGGGCGGUGGCGACAGCCCGGGAUUCCAGCGCGGCCGGGAUGGCAAAUUCCGAGGCCACCAGAAUCGCCGCCACCAACACCAGCAUCAUCACCAUCAGCAGCAACAGCAGCAGCAGCAGCAGCAGCAGCAACACGACGCUAGAAUCGAUGGCGGCGAUGGUGGCGGCGGUGGCGAUUUUAACCACCUGGGAAUGCUGCUCGUCAACCAGAUCGUGAUGCUCGACGGCAGCGUCCGGAGCUACUACUCGCUGCCUCCCGACUACCCAAUGCCCCCGGAUUUCCGCCUCGUCUUUCCUCCGGAGUUCGCGCCAGUAGAGGGCGUCUGGACCGCCGCCGCCGCCGCCCCCGCCGCUCCCCCUUACCAUCCCGGAGUGAUCGUGGAUGCUGGAUACCAGCCCCAGUUUGUAGCUCCUCCCAGGCACGACGAGAUCAAUGGGGGCAGCUCACAGCAACACCAGCGCAAGAGAAGUCAGUGGAACAGGCACAAGAACUAAGUCUGGCGUGUUCAUAUCAACUUAGAGCUCUUUCUUUGAUUCUUAAACGUAUAAGUAUGGCACACUUCCUUGUAUGCUGGACAGCCAUCGACAACUAUGCCAGGCUGGUUGGGCACUUGGCCAGAGGACAGUGAUCACCUUAUGCGGGUACCAAGCCCACGAAUGCGGAGCCGGCGAGGACAAGGCAUAGUUGUAGCGCUUCUACCAUGCCUUGCGGUACCUAAGAUCCUGGACCUGGGAACCGACGAGACCUCAGAUCACUGACGAGUCGAACAGGAGGCGAUUGUUGGGACACGUCCAGGUGCCGCCGGAAUGUUAGCCAGGACAUAUAAAGUUAUACACCAUGGAAUGUUAAGCUAUACACCAUAUCACAAA